AGGCAUUAAAAUUGAGUCGCACACAGCUGUUUGGAAGAGCAUGUUGCACGGUAGAUGUGAAAGACGAAUCUUUCUUGACACAUGAUCAAUGCCAUGUGUAAUGUUCGUGAAGUUACAAGGGAUUGUGUUGCAAAGCCGAUAUAUUUUCAUCGGAAAUUAGUAUUAUAUAAUUAUAAUCAGGUCAACGUUAUUACCACAUGUAAAUAUUCAUAAUGGGAAAAGCAAAAAAAGGACGAAAGGGCAACAAAGAGGACGACGUAGAGGAUGAAAUUAGUGUGGGUGUUCAGUCUGGUGUUGAUGAGAGCCUUCCAAGCAAGGGGAAAGACAAAAAAUUGAAGUCAAAAAAUAAAGAUGAUAGCAGUUCUAAAGGAGACAUAAUAGAAGAAGUUGAAGAUGAAGCAUCAAUAAUGAAGAAAAGAGGAAAGAAGGAGAAGAAAAAGAGAAAAGAUCUUGAUAAUACUGAAGACUUAGCCAAAGACAUCAACAAUGUGACAGUAGAACAAGAGAGAAAAGAUAAGCAGCAAAAUAAGAUAGCAACACAGAAAUUUACUGCAGAAUCAAGUGAUGAAGACCUAAGCAAUACUUGCAAGCCACCGAACAAGAAGAAAACAGGAUUUAAUGCACUUGCUGUUGAGAGUGAUAGUGAUGUGGAAGAAGACAGAUCUCAGCCAAUUAAGGGUGCAAAAUCACAUUUGUCUGGUAAGGUGAAAGGGGGCUUUGCUCUUCUUGAAGUGGAAAGUGGAGAUUCAGAUUCAACAAUGGAGGACAGGAGUAGAGAUUCAGAACGAGAAGAGAACACAAGAAAUGUUAACAAGAAAAGAAACACUAAAGUAGCCCAGUCAGUAGAUUUAGAUGAUAAUAUUAAUAAGAGGGAGGAGAAAGGUGGAAAGAAGGGAAAGAAACAAAGGAAAAAACAGCAGAAUGAUGAUGAUGAAGAGGACAUUGAAAAGGUGUUAGCUGAAUUGGAGAUGGAAUAUUCCGGUAUUAAGAAGAGUGUGGUACAGGAAGAGCUGCAAAAUGAUGGGGACAUCUCUGAGGAAAGUAGGAAAAAAGAUAAGAAAAAGAAAAAGAAGGGGGAUACAGAAAAGAGUGAAUCAUUGGCAGAGGAGAGUCAGGAAAAACCUAAAGAAAUUGUUGGUGGUGAAGAGAUUGAAGGAACAGUGAAGACUGCUGCACAAAAGAAGAAGGAAAAGAAGGAAAAGGAAAAGCAGAAGAGACUGACACAAAAGAAACAGGAGGCUGUGAAGAAAGUAGAGGGAAGUGAAACAAAAAAAGCAGAGACCAGAAGUCUGCUUUCAGUAGAGUCUGAAACAAAUGCUGCCUUGAAAGUGAUUGAAGAUAAAGAACAUGAUAUGUCAGCAGUUCCUGAAUGUGGAAAUGGUGCUGAUGACGAUGAUGAUAAGAAAAAGAAGAAAAAGAAAAAAAAGGGGGAGGAUGAAGAUAAAGGAAGGGGUCCAGGAAAGAAGACAAUUGCAGCCAUGCAAGAAGCACUUAAGAGACUGCGUGAGGAGGAAGAGAGAUUAGACCGUGAACGGAUGGAAAGAAUUAAGAAGGAGGAGGAGGCAGAGAGAGCUCGAGAAGAACAGCGUCUGUUGGAGAUAGAACGAAAAGAAAAGAAGAAACUGAAAGAAAAAGAAAGAAAAGAAAGAUUGAAAGCUGAAGGGAAACUCCUGACUGCAAAGCAGAAGGCUGACCGUGCCCGUGCUCAAGGAAUGUUAGAAGCUCUUAAAGCUCAGGGACUCGAGAUGCCUAAUGCAGGAGAAAAGAAAGCUCCUAGACCAGGCACAAGAGUACGAAUUAAAGCAAAGCAGCAGACCAGUACUGAACAGCCGCAAAAACCUGAAGAGCAGAAAGUGGAGGUUCAAAUUGUUGAUUCUCCGGCAUCAGAAAAGGAAGAAGUAGAUGAAGUGAAAGACAGUUGGGAUCAGGAGGAAGACGUGAAAGAUACAUGGGAUGCUGAGUCCUCUGGUGAAGAUGAGGAAGAAGAUCAUUCUGAUAAAUCCAAAGUAAAUGUGAAGCUAGAAGUAACAAAACAAGAGGAAGAGGAUGUGGAAGAUGAAGAAGAUGAAGAUGAAGAUGAUGAUGAUGAAGAAGGGGGUGAUGAAUCAGAAACAGAUGAUGAAUCUGAUGAAAGUAGCAGUGAGGACGAAAAUGAUAGUGAAGAUGAACACAAAACAGAUGCAGAAAGGCGAAGAGAGAGAGCACUGGCUAGGAUACAGACACGACGUGAAGAAGCAGAAAAGAACCGGUCACUUGAUGUAUUGCGAGCUGCUGUGGUGUGUGUUCUGGGUCAUGUAGAUACAGGUAAAACAAAGAUCUUAGACAAGUUGCGACGUACGAAUGUUCAAGAUGGUGAGGCUGGAGGCAUUACACAACAGAUAGGAGCAACGAAUGUUCCAAUUAGUGCAAUCAAGGAGCAAACUAAAUUUGUUAAAGGAUUUGCGGAUGCAGAACUUCGGAUACCAGGUUUACUUAUUAUUGAUACACCUGGACAUGAGUCGUUCAGCAACCUACGUAGUAGAGGUUCUUCUCUCUGUGAUAUUGCAAUUCUUGUUGUGGAUAUUAUGCAUGGAUUGGAGCCUCAGACUAUUGAAUCCUUAAAUCUUCUCAAAAGCAAGAAAACUCCAUUCAUUGUGGCCUUAAAUAAGAUAGACAGGCUUUAUGACUGGCAAACAAUGAACAGGAAAGAUAUAAGGGAUAUACUCAAGGCACAGGCUCCUAAUACACAAAUAGAAUUUGAACACAGGACUAAAGAAGUGAUUGUGCAGUUUGCCGAACAGGGAUUAAAUGCUUCUCUCUUCUAUGACAACCCUGACAUCCGCAGCUAUGUAUCCUUAGUGCCAACAAGUGCCAUAACAGGUGAAGGCAUUGGCAAUCUCCUGGCGCUGAUCGUUGACAGCUGCCAGAACAUGCUUGCCAAGCGGCUUAUGUACUCUGAAGAACUGCAGGCUACAGUAUUGGAGGUAAAAGCAAUUCCAGGUUUGGGAACAACAAUUGAUGCUAUUUUAGUCAAUGGGAGGCUCCGGGAAGGUGACACCGUAGUACUAGCAGGAACAGAUGGACCAAUCGUGACACAGAUUCGUUCACUGCUGAUGCCUCAGCCAAUGAAAGAGCUUAGAGUAAAGAAUGCAUAUGUGGAAUACAAGGAAAUUCAAGCAGCACAGGGUGUUAAAAUUGCAGGAAAGGAAUUGGAAAAAGCAAUUGCAGGCCUCAAUCUUCAGGUGGCUCAGAAGUCUGAUGAGGUCGAUAUUUUGCGUGAAGAAGUUUCUCGGGAUUUGCGGUCUGCUCUUAGCAACAUCAAACUGCAGGAGAGGGGUGUGUAUGUGCAGGCUUCAACACUUGGCUCACUAGAGGCCCUCCUUGAGUUCUUAAGGACAUCCAAAAUACCAUAUUCAAAUAUUCGUAUUGGUCCAGUUGUGAAGAAGGAUGUGAUGAAAGCUUCCACCAUGUUGGAACAUGAGAGCCAGUAUGCUACAAUUCUAGCAUUUGAUGUGAAGGUUGAGAGGGAUGCACAGGACUUGGCAGAUUCUCUGGGUGUGAAGAUAUUCCAAGCAGACAUUAUUUAUCACUUGUUCGAUAAGUUCAUGGCAUAUCGUGAAGAACUGAGGCAGAGGAAACGAGAGGAGUUCAAACAUGUAGCAGUCUUCCCAUGCAAACUUAAAAUAUUGCCACAGUUCAUCUUCAACUCUCGUGACCCAAUAGUGAUGGGAGUGAUGGUCGAGGCUGGGAUCGUUAAAGAAGGAACACCUAUUUGUGUACCAAGCAGAGAGUUCGUGGACUUGGGUGUAGUGACGAGUAUCGAAAUCAACCAUAAAACAGUGGAAAGUGCAAGAAAAGGACAGGAGGUGUGCAUUAAGAUCGAGCCCGUCUCCGGAGAAGCGCCCAAAAUGUUCGGUAGACACUUCGAUGAAAAGGACUUCCUUGUCAGUAAGAUCAGUCGCCAGUCAAUAGAUGCGUGCAAGGAUUACUUCCGGGAUGACUUGGUCAAGACAGACUGGCAGCUCAUGGUAGAGCUGAAGAAGUUGUUCCAGAUUUUGUAGCACCAACCUCGAAUAGGUUUUCCAGCCAGAUGUUUGGAUAUAUAUCUCGUCUUCUCUUUGUGUGCUACAUAACCCACCCAUCUCAUCUUCCGUGAUUUGAUCACCCUAAUAGUGUUCUGUGAUGAUUACAAAUUAAGAUUGUCCUGAAGAUAACUGUCUUCUGGGAUAUAACGCCGUGUGAUUCGUUGAACGUCAGCCCACAUUUCGGAGGAACAUAUUGCCUCCGUCUUCAGGGUGAAAGAAUAAGCCAAGAGAUGGCCCUUUUUAACUUUGAAAACGUUGUUUUACUAAGGUGCAAAUGGAAUGAAACCGUUUGUAACAGAAAAUGUAACAAUUUUCCGUAAGUAACAGAAAGUGUAACGCUUGUGCAACCUCCUUACGUAACCGCUGAUAACUCAAGACCUGUGGUGUAUAUUGUAUUGAGAGUUAUAUGUUAAUGAAAGAAUAAAGACUGAUCUAUC